AUGUCGGAUUGGAUACGUUUGAAUUUAACAAAGCAGGCAGGCUAUGGCAGCAUCUAUUGGAAAGGCUUAUUUGUGGUCCUUUGCUGGCUUCUCUGGCGGGCAAGAAAUGAGAGUUAUCACUCGAAUAUAUCAACGCCUUGUGAUAAGAUUCUGAUGAGAGCGAAAGGUAUCAUGGGAUGCAUGAGUGCUACCUCUAAAAAACUACUCGACGUUAACCUGGGAACUCAAGCUCGGAGACCUCACAACACUUCUAGCACUUCUAGCAGAGACAUAGUCCUCGUCGAAGUAGAUGGAGCCUUCUCGUACAGAACUAAUGCAGCUGCUUGUGGAGGGAUAAUUAAAAGAGGUAACCAACACCUGAUCGAAGGUUUUCUCCUCAAACUUGAUGUCCAGGACAACCUUGCGGUAGAACUCUGGGGAUGCCUAAUGGGUCUCAAAAGGGCCUGGGAUCACGGCUACAGAGAUAUAAUCCUCAGAAGUGACUCUGUAGAAGUUGUCGAACUGAUUGAGGGCGAGAUAAAUGACAUGCAUGAAGACUGGAUGCUUGUCUGGGAAAUCAAAGAGAUGUUACAAAGAACAUGGCGUGUGGAGAUUCAACAAAUUGAUCGCAAUGAGAAUGGCAGUGCCGAUAAUCUUGCUAAACGGGCUCUUAGCAUCAACCAUGACUUCCAGAUCCUUGGACCUAACGCGUUGAGAGCUGCUCUCCAGGCGGACUUCUUAAUCGAUUCUAGCUAG